CUUACAGAAACAGAAUGUUUGCUGCAACUUUGCUGCAAUUUUAAGUGUGUUCACUUCAUAUACACUUAUAUUUGUUAAUGCAACAUCAACAUACUAAAACAAUAUACCGGAAAGAGGAAAAUAAUGCAUUUGAAUAUGCACCGUACUUUCGUUUUGAUAACUGACGACAGAAAUAAUUCGAUUAACGAUGUGAAUCUAAAUCUAAAUCUAGUUUUAGUGCAGAUUCGUUCAUACGACACAAAAGGCACAAUUUUGUUUUACGGAUCAUUUCGGCUUACAGGACUGGAUGUGCAAAAAGGCAAGAUUAAUUUUACAAAUUGACGAAGAACUUGUUUUUGUGAACGUAAUGUUAACACAAGCCAUGACUCACUUGAAUUAAAAGGCAGAAAAUUACUCCAAAGAAUUCAACAUGAGAUAAUGAUUAGCUGAAAUACAACGGGGAUAAAUACUCUAAAAAAUUUAAAGAAAGAGGAUUACUAUUUUAAAUUUGAAAACUAAAUGCAUCAUUAUAAUUCAAAUGGAGAUAAUUACUAGUUGGAAUUCAAAGGGAGAUAAAAAAAAAGCGCUGGUCUCGGUGAAACAUUAUAAUGCAUAAGAGACUAAUGACGGUGUAGAAUUCACAGGAAGAAAAUGGAUAUUUAGAAUUCUAAUCAAAAAAAUAUAUGGCUUAUUCCGUUACCGACAAUAUAUACGGUUCGUUAACAAUUACUUAAGAUAAUUUAUUAAUACUGUUCCACCUUAAUUAACACCGCGGUAAGAUUAAGUAUGCAUGAAAGAAAACUGUGAUAAGCAGGUCGUUUUGCGUUUUCUUCUGUAUCAAAUCAAAACAACAGUUUAGCAAUUGUUCUCGGAAUGGAAACCUACUUUGAGGGCCGGUUCGUCGGUCGGAAAGAUGAACUCCGCGAUUUACAAGCUGCUUGGUACAAAAAACUAAAACUGUUCGGAAUUUUCGGGAUGCGAUCUGUUGGUACAUCAAGGCUAGCGAAGGAGUUCCUGGUUAGUGUCUCGGAUCAAUAUGAUGAGCUAGUCUACGUAAACUUAAAGGAGACCAACGACAUAUCCGGGAUGUACGUCAAUAUAUGCGCCCAGAUGGCUAUUGCUGUUGAAUCGCACCCAAACGAUGUAAAGUCGUGGGAAAGCAUGCUGGUCUAUACUGUUUCCACGAGAACAAAGAAAUACGUAUUCUUUUUUGACAACGGCGAAUACUUUAUUGAAAAUGCAAACACACACGACCCUCUACAACAUCUCUGUAUUGCCCUAAUAAAACAGAACAAUGUCAACGUAAUCUUGACUUCUACAACAAAGUUUCAGCUGGAAAGAUUGCGGCAUAUCUACCAUGUUUGUGAGCUGCAACCGCUAAAGCCAACAGAAACAUCGGAGUUACUUAGAGCCGAAGCGCCUGGGUUGGAUUAUGGCGAAUACAUGGACCCUAUUGUCGAACUAAGUGAAGGGUUGCCGCUUCUAAUCCUCAUGAUAACGUCAGAGCUUCGGGGUGACGGAGGCAUUUUGACGCCGAAGGACAUGACGCAACUGCUAACGGAAUAUAGACUGAAGGUUCUUAGUCGAGAGUUUUACCCCGAGGAGGAAAGAGUUGCUGACGUUUACCGGCUGUUUAUCAAUCGUCUGAGCCCCGUGCUGCAGAGACGGUUCUCGGAGUUGGAUUAUAUCCCAGGCACGUUCACGGCAGAAGAGGCCAGAUCGCUACUCGAUUACCCUACUGAAGCAGUGGUGAAGGACCAAGUGCUGGUCCCUAAACUUAGGCGUCACUUCAUUACCUAUGAUCCCGCAAAUAGGCGCUUCAACAUACAGGGAAUCUUACGGGAGAGUCUUAAGACGUUUUUCGCUUUGCGGCACAUUCCAGUAACCAGGCCCAACAGACAGUGUCAGCAAGCCGUAUAAAAAAAAGUUCCAAACAUUUUCAGAAAUCCGCAAGCGUUUUUGCCAAACAUUUACCGAGGUAAUGACGAGCAUAUCUCGACGUUUUACGUCGCAGGAAUAUGCGAGCGCCUUGGUGGACUUUGCGUUUGAGCAACCGAACUUGCAGAAGC